AUGCCCGUUCAGAAAACACCUGUCCUCCACCUGCCACCACUCACCCCAUUCAGAAAACCACCUGUCUCCACUGCCACACCACUCCUACCCGUUCUAGAAAACCACCUGUCUCCACCUGCCCACCCGUUCCUCAUCCGUCAGAAAACCACCUGUCUCCACCUGCCACCACCUCUCAUCCCGUUCAAGAUAAACCACCUGUCUCCACUGCCACCACUCCAUCCAAAACCUGUCUCCACCUGCACCGCUCCUCCUCCGUUUGAAACCACCUGGGUCUCACUGCCACCGCUCCUCCCCGUUCUGAAAACCUCCUGUCUCCACCCUGCCACCACUUCCAUCCCCGUUCAGAAAACCUCCUGUUCUCCACCUGCCACCGAGAAAUCCUCCAUCCACGUUCCUCAGAAAAACCUGUCCACUGUCCACUCACCAUUCCACCAACUUUCUCCACCUGCCCCGCUCUCCGUUCAGAAAACCUCCUGUCUCCACCUGCCACCGCUCCAUCCCGUUCAGAAAACCUCCUGUCUCACUGCCACCACUCCAUCCCGUUCAGAAAACCUUGUCUCCACCUGUCUCCACCUGCACGCUCCAUCCCAUUCAGAAAACCUCCUGUCUCCACCUGCCACCGCUUCCAUCCCGUUCAGAAAACCAUGUCUCCACCUGCCAACCACUCCAUCCCGUUCUGAAACCUCCUGUUCAACCUUGCCCACCGCUCCAUCCCAUUCAGAAAUCCUCCUGUCUCCACUGCACCACUCCAUCCGUUCAGAAAACCACCUGUCUCCCCUGCCACCACUCCACUCCCAUUCAGAAAACCACCUUCUUGCCACUCCCGUGCUCCACUGUUCAGAAAACCUCCUGUCUCCACCUGCCACCGCUCCAUCCGUUUAA